AGCAAACCCUGCGCCGCAAGUUUCUAUCAUUCCGUUUGGGUUUAGUGAUUUCUGCAGUUGCAAAACUUUGGCGCUUCCAGACUUUGGAUAACUCUUCAGCUGUAGAGGAGAACUCUACUUCAGCACUGAAACUGUACUUUUACUGUCUUGUUACUGUCACAUCUCUGCGUCUCUGAAGGAUGUACCACAGAAUGGCAGAAAUUCUGACCCAGAAGAGAAGCAUCCUGGAUGUGUUUUAUGUGUAUUUAACUGUAUCUGUGGCGUACUCCUAUAACAUUGACUUGCAACAUCCGAUCGUGUUUCGGGGUCCAAACGGGACAUUUUUUGGAUACUCGGUCCUGGAGCAUUUCCACGACAAUACGCGCUGGGUCCUGGUGGGAGCUCCGCGGGCCAACUCCACCUACAGCAGCUCAGUGCACUCUCCUGGCGCUGUGUACAAGUGUCGCGUGCACAGCAACCCAGAUCGCCGCUGCACCGAGAUGGACCUUGGAAGGGGGAACAAGCAGAGGGAGACGUGUGGGAAGACGUGCCAGGGUGACCGGGAUGACGAGUGGAUGGGAGUCAGCUUGGCCAGGCAGGACAAGCCCAACGGGAAAGUGCUGGCUUGUGCCCACCGCUGGAAGAAUGUCUACUACGAGUCGGAGCACAUCCUGCCCCAUGGCUACUGCUCCGUCAUCCCUCCCACUCUCCAGGGCCCCACACAGCCGCUUAUCCCCUGCUACGAAGACUAUAAGAAGACGUAUGGGGAAGAGCACGGCUCGUGCCAAGCGGGGAUAGCAGGCGUUUUUACAGAGGAGCUUGUUGUGAUGGGGGCUCCAGGUUCGUACUACUGGACUGGGACAGUGAAAGUGUUCAACGCGUCUUCCAACAUGUUCUACAACCUCAACAAAGAUGAUGUGACUUCCCACAGAUACAGCUAUUUAGGGUAUGCAGUAACUGCUGGUCACUUCUCCACCCCCAACACCAUUGAUGUGGCUGCCGGUGCACCCCAGGAUAGUGGUGGUGGAAAGGUGUAUAUUUUUAGAAUUGAGGGCUCAUCACUGGUGAAGAUUUUUCAAGCCUCAGGGAAAAUGAUGGGCUCUUACUAUGGCUCCUCAGUGUGUGCAGUAGAUCUGAAUGGGGAUGGGCUGUCCGACCUGCUGGUGGGAGCCCCCAUGCACAGCCAUCAGCGGGACGAGGGCCAGGUCACCGUGUACCUCAGCUAUGGCAAUGGAGUCAUGGAUGAAACUGCAGUCCUAAACGGGGACAAUGCUUAUAAUGCGCAUUUUGGAGAAUGCAUUUCUGCCAUCGGGGACAUCGAUGAUGAUGGUUACCAAGAUGUAGCAAUAGGAGCCCCCAAGGAGGACGACUAUGGUGGAGCAGUGUACAUUUACCAUGGGGACACCAAGGGGAUCACCAGCAAAUACUCCAUGAGGCUGUCUGGACAGAGUAUUAAUCCGGGCCUGAGGAUGUUUGGCCAGUCCAUCUCGGGGAAUGUGGACAUGGAUGGAAAUGGCUACCCAGACGUGACCAUAGGUGCUUUCAUGACUGACAGUGUGGUUCUGCUAAGGACCCGGCCCGUCAUCACGGUGGAGGUGUCCAUCUUCCUGCCUGUGUCCAUCAACAUCACGGUGCCUCAGUGUCAUGAGGGUCCUCAGCACCUCAACUGCUUCAACGUCACCGCCUGCUUCCUCUUCAGAGGCAAACAGGUUCCUGGACAGAUCGAGUUGCUGUACAACCUCACGGCUGAUGUGGACAAGCGGCAGAAGGGCCAGCCCUCACGGGUCUACUUCACUCACAACAGAGAGCAGACCACCAUCCUUAGCCAGGCCCUCAGCCUGGACGUCAACCAGCAGGACUGCCACCACUACACCGCACACGUCCGGAAAGAGGUGAGGGAUGUCUUCGCUCCCAUCGCGUUUGAGGUGGCCUACAGCCUGGGGAAGCACGUGCUGGAGGGCGGUCAGGACCGCGAUCUCCCCGCCCUCGAUCCCGUGCUCCGCUGGAAGAAGGGUGACAAGAUCGCCGCCCGGAACGAGACAUGGUUUGAGAAGAACUGUCUGUCAGAUGACUGCGCCGCCGACCUGAGACUCCAUGGGAAACUACUGCUGUCGGGGGCCCAUGUUAGAUCUCAUUUGGCGCUGGGAGGAGUACGAAAUGUCUCGCUGAAUCUGACCAUCUCCAAUGCCGGCGAUGACGCCUACGACACCAACAUCUUCCUCAACUUCUCUAGGGAAGUCCAUUACAUCAACUUCUGGCAGAGGGAAGAGAAGGGCAUUUCCUGUGAACUUGUUGAAUUGGACUUCCUCAAGUGCAGCGUGGGAUUUCCUUUCAUGAGGGCUCAGACCAAGUAUCACCUCGCUGUGCUUUUUGACACGAGCCAUCUCUCUGGAGAAAAUGAGACCUUGCAGUUUUUAGUUCACGCACGGAGUGCAAAUCCGGAACAUGAGAGCACACUCCAUGACAACACUUUAGAGAUCUCCAUUCCGCUGGUGCACGAGGUCGACACCACCAUUACCGGUGUGGUGAACCCAACAUCUUUUGUGUAUGGAAAUUCCAUUGAUGCUUCACGAUUUGUCCAGCUGGAGGACAUGGAGUGCAACUUCCAACCACUUAACUUCACAUUCCAGGUUGUAAACAACGGGCCGAGUGGGCUGCCUGGAUCCACAGUAGAUAUCAGGAUCCCCAACCGACUGGCUGGUAAUGGAGCUGAUAUGUUCCAUAUCAUGGACACGCAGGUGGCGGAUGGUCGGGGAAACUGCACCCCACACAGUAACCCCAUGCCCUGCACCAUUCCCCAGGACAGGGAGAACAUCUUCCACACCAUCUUCGCCUUCUUCACCAAAUCGGGAAGGAGAGUCCUGGAUUGUGACCGGCCAGGGAGAGCGUGUCUAGUAAUCUCGUGUACCUUGGGCUCCCAAGCCAAAGAGGAAGCUGUUAGUAUAGAUGUGCGAAUGCUACUGAACACAGAAAUACUGAAGAGGGACAGCUCUUCUGUGAUCCAGUUUGUGACACGAGGGAACGUUCGGGUGGACGACAGGGCCAUUGAGGUGCCCCACGGCCAGCCAGAGGAGAUAUCCCUGGUGUUUGAGGCGCUGCACAGUCAGGAGCCAAGGGGCUACGUGGUGGGCUGGAUCAUCGCCAUCAGCCUCCUGGUCGGGAUCCUCAUCUUCCUCCUGCUCGCCGUGCUGCUGUGGAAGAUGGGCUUUUUCCGCCGACGCUACCGGGAGAUCAUAGAGGCCGAGAAGAGCAGGAAAGACAGUGACGAGAGCUGGGACUGGGUGCAGAAAAGCCAAUGAUCGCCAGGGCGGGAGGAUCACAAUGACAGCCAACGGGCUGGAGCAUUGGACUCAAACGGUCCAAUGAGCUGCUGCCUUUGGCCUCAGCCUUCCUGUAAAGCCAUGGGUCCGCCAGUCUUCCAUAUGUGGAAGAGAUGAAUAUUCUCCAAAUUUUUCGGAGGUUUGACACUUUUCUUGUGUAGGAGGCAAGCUAACUGAGAUGUGAGAUGUGUAUGUUGCUGUCCAACACAUGGGAUUGGAAGCCCAUUUCCCCACCACAGUGGAGUUGCUUUCUUGCCAAAGGGACUGAGCAGACAGAGACUGACUGAAAAGAGACAAUGGCUUCCUCAAUCAGAUGUGGAUAUCACAUCAGUGUCAGCAGACAAGAAGAAAGAAGAAACCCUCAGGGCACUGUUUCAUAGCAAAAUCUAUUUUUAUACAUAUAUUCCAUAUUGUAUAGAAAAGAUCUUCGGGGGGGCUUCGGAUGUUUUCAAGUCCCCAGGAGACAUAUCUUAUGUUUGUUUUUUAAGAGCACUGAUGAUGACUUUUGUAAGCCAAAGAUUUAAUGCUAUUCUUACAUUUAUUUUUUAUUUUCAUGCUACCAUAAUGCAAUGUUUUGAAGGAAGGUAUUGUGUAAUGCCCUUUUUUAUAAGCCAAAUACUGAAUCCAACAUGCCAAAGACCUGAAAUGAAGACGCAUAGACCCUGAGUGUGGGACGGAGACUGUGGAACAUGAACUGUGUCAAUGUCAAAACAAUAAGGUGACGUAAAAUGCAACUAAAAGCUGAACCAAAAAAAACAGAAUGAAGAAAUAUCUGUAUAUUUCAGUAUCACAGUAGCAGAAGGUGGGACCACACAUUUUCAUUUGUGCUGAGAAUUAGAAAUGUUACAUGUGCAAUGCUUUUGACUUGCCAUUUUUGAAUGUACUGUCAAGCACAAGUCAUUGGCUACAAUCUGACUGGUUGCUGUGAAAAGGUUCAUUGGGUGUACAUAAGCCGAUAAAACAAGCACAAACACAAGAGGUGGCUAGUCUCUGUAUGAAAUGUUUGAAAACAGUGUAUUGGCAUUUAUUUAUGUGAUAUGCCCAUUAGAAUGGUGUUAUCAUUGCUGUGCCAUGUAUUUAAAUACUGAGAUUUGAUAGAUAUCACACGUCUUGCAGUCUCCCAAUCUCUAUGUUGAUGUUCCCCACCAUCUUUCUUUAGCGUGAACCCAGAUUUACAUUGUGAAUUAAACAAACAGAUGGUAUCAGUCAGCAAAAGAAUGGUCUCAAUAAUAGAACCCAAUGAUGAUCUCUAUCAAGCCAAUAUGGGAACAGUGGUUUAUAUACUGUAUCUAAAGAGGUUCUGUUUGGAGAUUCAGUAAAGAGAUUAGGUUCUGUUUGUACAGGAUUUUGGACUUGGAUGAUGGAUAUUAGUGAAAUGAACUGAACCAAGGUCAGAUAAUGUGUACCAUUGUUUGCAUGGCUCAGAGGAGAGAGGUGCGAGGUAGAUGGAGUUGAUCUGAUGGGGUUUACAACAGGUCUGUAGCCCACAGGAACAGUGGUGUGUAAUGACCCAAAGUUGGCAGGGAAUGCAGCAUGCUCUGUCACUACGUGGAAACGGGCUCUUUGGGGCUUGUGGGAACUGCUCAUUUUUAAGUCAACAUGCUGGAAUGUAAGAAAGAACUCCCUGAAAAUCUGCCACCGCCACCACCGCAGAACAUAGAUUCUCACAUGAGAGCAUUUUAAUUUCCAUAAACUAGUGCCCAACCCCCCACCCCCACCCUCCCCCCAAAUCAAGCUUUAAUUUCCUGGAUUAGAGUAGAAUUUAAUCAGAAUCUUUCCAUAAAUGGAAGAGCGCCAAGGACAAACACAUUAACUGGGCAACAGUAGAGGCUUCGUGUGUGUGUGUGUGUGUGAGAGAGGUGGAUCCCAGCGUUUUCAUUACUGUUUGAGGGGAGGAACAGGCUCCUCCAGCUUCUUGACAUGACGUGAGUGUCGAAAGGCCCAUGCUUUUUAAACAAUUCAGAAGUAUUGUUUGUACGGUCAAUGAACUCUGUUGGCGAGUUUGCCGUUUUUGAUCCACUGGGUGUCCAAGAGAGGGGUUUCAUAGCCCCUCACAAGUCACAUGCUCAGUACUCCAGUCACUUUAUUUCACUGUCUAUGUAUAUGAAGGUUUAGCACUCGGCUCUUAUGGCUUCAUUGAUGUCUGGUAGGUUCACCUACAGAAUAUAGCUUGUGUUUGAUUCAUUAAUACCACUGGUAUGGAGAAAAAAACAUACUCACACUUCCCCUCUGCACCAAGUAUAGUUAUUGCCCUACAGUGUGUGUGUUAAACAGAGAGAUACUUGACAUUCUAGGUGUAAUAUAUAACUGUGAUUGUCAGCAUUAUCACCUGUUUAGGAUGUAUUACAGAAAAAAAAACUACUGUCACUGAAUUUCAUUUUUUACAUAAAAGUAUUGAGUUGUAUGUUUGUUGUACAAGCUAAUGUUCAAGCUGUGUAUUUAUCAGUUGAUACUGCCAUUUUAAGAUUAAAGUUCACAUGGAGUAA